GUCUCCGUAUUAGCUUUGAUAAUGCUACAAUGCGACAAGAAGUUCUCGCGUUUUGAGUUAUAUAUAUAUAUAUAUAUUAUAUAUAUAAAUCUAUACGGAGGAGGAGGGAAAGGACGAGGAGUGCCCAAAUUAAACUUAGCGUGUUGUUGCAACUUCUUGAAUCUUGAUUGCGUGACCAGCUGCGCCAUGUGGAGCGUCCGAGUUCUCUCCGAGGAGACCGUGAAGCCCUCGUCCCGGACCCCUCCCGACCUUCGCACCUACAAGCUCUCGUGGCUCGACCAGGUCACCUACAUCCACCACAUCCCCGUCACCUUCUUCUUCCUCUUCCCCCCCUCCGACGCCGUUCAAACCCUCAGGAGCUCCCUCUCGAACACCUUGUCCCGCUUCUACCCGCUCGCGGGGCGCCAGAUCGGCGACACGCACGUCGACUGCGCCGACCAGGGCGUCGACUUCUUCGAGGCCCGGGUCGAGGCCCGCCUCGCCGAGCUCCUCGCGCGGCCGACCCCCGACCUCGACUUCAUGUUCGACCUCCUCCCCUGCAGCACCGCGGGGUGCCUCACCCGCGCCGACGGCCGCGGGAGCCUCCUCAAGGUCAAGGCCACGGCCUUCGCCUGCGGCGGCCUCGCCGUCGCCGCGUGCCUCUCGCACGCCGACGCGCGCUCGCUCUUCGCCUUCUUCCGAGCCUGGGCCGCCGAGGCCAGCGGCUCCGGGGCCGCGCCGGCCCCCGACUUCCGCGCCGCCGCGCGGCUCCCCCCGAACGAGAGCGCCGCGCCGAUGAAAGCCGGGGAGGAGGGCCCCCACGCGCCUCGGAACGCGCGGAAGAGGUUCCUGCUCGACGGGUCCAAGAUCCUCGCGGCGGCGCGGCGCGACUCCCCCGCGUCCGAGCGCGCCGAGGCCGUGGGGGCGCUGCUGUGGCGCUGCGCGCUCCGGGCGCGCGCGCGGCUGGGGGCGCCGGCGCGCGCCUCGGUGUGCUCGCCCCAGGUGGACCUGCGCGGGCGCCUGGACCCCCCGGCGCCCCACCACGCCUUCGGCAACCACUGCGUAAUGUCGGGCGCGGCCGCGACGGCGGAGGAGGUGUCGAAGGUGGUGGGCGGCGACGCGUCCGCGAGCGGGGCGUUGGAGGAGGAGCUCCGGAGGGCGGAGAAGAAGGUGGGCGGGGAGUUCGUGCGGCGGCUGCAGGGGCCCGAGGGUCACGCCGCGGCCUACCAGCUGGUGGGGGAGGCGGUGCGCGGGAGCGGGGGCGCAGCGACUGGGUUCGACCUCUACUUCCUCAGCGACUGGCUCGACCUCCCGGCGUACGACGUGGACUUCGGGUGGGGGACGCCCGCGUGGGUCGGGUACUCGCGGACGAAGGCGAAGAACCUGAUGCUGCUCAUGCCCGCGGCGCCGUCGGUCGGGGAUCCGACGGCGGUGGAGGCGUGGGUGGCGCUCGAGGAGAAGGAGCUGGAGGAGUUCGAGCGCGACGAGGAGCUCGCCUCGUUCCUCGUCGCCGCCUCCUCCGAGCCCCUUCCGGUUCGGGAGGCGUGAUGAGAUCGACGAAGCGGCCAUACAUAAUCGGGUUUUAUUAGCUAGCUGACUCUUAAGUACGUAGCAGCAGCAGAUGCAGUAGCAGUAUCAGUAGCAGUAGCAGUAGCAGUAGUUAUGAGUGUCUCGUAUAUUGUGCGUGUUGGGUAAGUUUGAUUAAUUUAGGGGCAUGUUUGGUUCAUGAUUGAAUUAGAAAUGAAAAUUAAAAUUGGAUUGCUUUGAAAUGGUAAAUAGAAUGACGAAUCAUCCAAAAAUACUUGAUUCAUUAUUGGAAUGGAAA